AAGGUGCAGUUGAUCGACAUCGGCGGUGGAUUCCCGGGCGAGAGUGGAACGGACGUUGACAAGUUCGUCAAUAUUAUCAAUGAUGCGAUACAGGAUCUCGAUCCUAGCAUAAGGAUUAUCAGCGAACCGGGAAGGUACUACGUAACUUCCAGCUUCACUUUAGCCUCGUAUUUACAUUCCAAGAAAAUCACUUCGAAGGACGGAGUAAUGAUGAGAAUGUAUUACAUGAACUGUGGAGUAUACCAUUCCUUCAUAGAAGAACUGUUAGGCUUGCGAGCUAGAGUACCACAAUUACUUUUCGAGCGAAUAAGCGAAGAGAAAUUCCUAUCAAACAUAUGGGGACCGACCGCCGACUCAUAUGAUUUAAUUAUCAAGAAUGUGAUGUUGCCUGAGCUUCAAAUAGGUGAUUGGUUAAUUUGGAAAGAAAUGGGUGCUUAUACACUAUCCAUAUCCUGUACGUUCAACGGGUACCCAAUACCAACUGUGAUUCCAAUUAUUAGGAAGAGUCAAUGGGACGACUUUAAAGCGCAAAUUGACUCGAUGUAGGAGCCUGUUUUAUUUUCAAAAAUCCAUUAAACAAUAUAAUUUAU